UGUUUUCCGUUGAGUGUCCGACUGUGGGCGCUUUUCGGCGGGUUCCGUUAAAAUGGCGCUGUUGUUGCCAGGAGCUGAACCCCAGCAGAUAAAAAAAAGCGACAGCGGUUAAAAACGCACCGCGGACUAAUUUUGCUCGCACGGAGGGUAAUAUUAUACGUGCACAAUGGCGGCGCUUGAUCAGAAAUCACCCAAUGUGCUUCUGCAGAAUUUGUGCUGUAAGAUCACGGGCAAGAGUGAAGCUGAUGUAGCCCAUCAGUUCCAGUAUGCAGUGCGAGUCAUUGGAAGUAAUUACGCACCCACAAUUGAACGUGAUGAGUUUCUGGUGUCUGAGAAGAUUAAAAAAGAAUUGUUAAAACAAAGACGGGAAGCAGAUGCUGCCCUUUUCUCUGAGUUGCACAGAAAGCUUCAGACCCAGGGUGUAUUGAAACAUAGAUGGUCCAUCUUAUACCUCCUGCUCAGCCUCUGUGAGGACCCGAGGAAGCCGUCUAACCGUGUUCCUGUGUGCAGUUAUGGACCUCUGCUUGCCCAGGCUUUGCCCCGUGAUGUCCACUCCACCCCGUUCUACUACGCCCGUCCCCAGAGCCUCCCGCUCAGCUACCCAGAGCGCUCAGCGACCGCCCAUAACUCCAGCAUGGCUACCAGUGGCAUCAGCAGUAUGGGAGUGUUUUCGAUCAAUGGGCCUGGGCCGACUCCUCCGUCUCUGCUCACGGGACCUGGACCUCAAGCUGUUGGAGAGUCUAUGAGAGGGUCUCGUCUAGCCUGGACUCUUCCAGUCUCCAGUUCACCGUCUGGGGCAGCUGCUGCCCCUCGUCCCCCCAGUGGACCCUCUUCCAGUCCUGCACCCAAACUGCCACAGAGACAGAGACGGGAUGGAGAUGGCAGUGCUGAGAUCGGGGAGGCUGCUCUCGUCCGAGACAUUCUUUAUGUUUUCCAGGGAAUAGAUGGAAAGUUCAUCAAGAUGUGCAGCCCAGAAAACUGCUACAAAAUUGAUUCAAAGGUGCCAUUGUGUAAGUCUCUGAGAGACACUAGCAGCAGGCUGGCAGAGCUUGGCUGGCUCCACAAUAAGAUUAGAAAAUAUACAGAUUCCCACAGCCUGGAUCGAGCCUUUGGCCUAGUCGGACAGAGUUUUUGUGCUGCAUUGCAUCAAGAGCUGAAGGAAUACUACAGACUGUUGUCUGUACUUCAUGCACAGCUCCAGGUGGAAGACGAUCAGGGUGUAAACGUGAGUGUGGACAGCAGUCUGACUCUGAGGAGACUUCUGGUGUGGACUUACGACCCCAAGGUUCGGCUGAAAACACUGGCCGCACUGGUGGACUACUGCCAAGGGCGUAAAGGAGGAGAGUUGGCCUCAGCUGUACAUGCCUAUGGAAAGACGGGUGACCCUCACAUGAGAGCGUUGAUCCAGCACAUCCUUGGUCUGGUGUCCCACCCUAUUCUUAACUUCCUGUAUCGCUGGAUCUAUGACGGGGAGCUCGAGGAUACAUACCAUGAGUUCUUCGUAGCCUCAGACCCAACAGUGAAGACGGACAGACUGUGGCAUGACAAGUACUCUCUGAGGAAGAGUAUGAUACCCUCCUUCAUCACCAUGGAUCAAGCCAGGAAGGUGCUACUCAUUGGCAAAUCCAUCAACUUCCUACAUCAGGUAUGCCACGACAGGACGCCGCCGGGAAAGAUCAUGCCCGCCUCCAAAUCCACCGACUCUCCCAAAGAUGCGGCAGAGUUGUUCACUGAUCUGGAAGGGGCCUUUCAGAGUAAGAUUGAUGCUGCAUACUUCGAGACUAGUAAGUAUCUGUUGGAUGUGUUGAAUAAAAACUACCAGCUGCUGGAGCAUCUUCAGGCCAUGAGGAGAUACCUGCUGCUGGGCCAGGGAGAUUUCAUCCGGCAUCUAAUGGACCUCCUCAAGCCGGAGCUGGCGAGGGCUGCCACCACUCUUUACCAACACAAUCUAACUGGUAUCCUGGAGACUGCUGUCAGGGCAACCAAUGCCCAGUUUGACAGUCCUGAGAUACUAAAGAGGCUUGACGUCCGGCUGCUGGAGGUGUCUCCUGGGGACACUGGUUGGGAUGUCUUCAGUUUGGACUAUCACGUAGAGGGGCCCAUUGCCACGGUGUUCACCCGUGAAUGUAUGAGCCACUAUCUGCGAGUAUUUAACUUCCUGUGGAGAGCAAAAAGAAUGGAGUACAUCCUCACGGACAUCUGGAAGGGUCAAAUGUGUAACGCCAAACUGCUGAAGAGCAUGCCGGAGCUCUCUGGUGUGCUGCACCAAUGUCACGUUCUGGCCUCCGAGAUGGUUCACUUCAUCCAUCAGAUGCAGUAUUACAUCACAUUUGAGGUAUUGGAAUGCUCUUGGGAUGAGUUGUGGAAUAAGGUCCAGCAGGCUCAGGAUCUGGAUCACAUUAUAGCAGCUCACGACGUUUUCUUGGACACAAUUAUUUCUCGCUGCCUGCUGGAUGUGAACAACAGGUCUCUGUUGAAUCAGUUGCGCGCAGUGUUUGAUCAGAUCAUUGAGUUCCAGAAUGCUCAGGACACACUGUACCGCUCCGCUCUAGAAGAGCUGCAGCUACGCAUCCAAUUUGAGGAUAAGAAGAGACGGAGGGAAGAAAUGGGAGAGUGGGGUGUAACAGCGGAGCAAGAGGCUGAGGAGAACAGACGUGUGCAGGAGUUUAAAGACACCAUACCAAAAAUGUGCUCUCAGCUCAGAUUACUUACACACUUCUAUCAGGGCAUAGUGCAGGAGUUUCUGCGGCUGCUAAUGACAAGCUCUGAUGAGAGUCUUCAGUUCCUCAGUUUCCGCCUGGACUUCAACGAGCAUUACAAGGCCCGUGAUCCGCGCCUGCGGCCCUCGCUAGGGGCCACUAGAGGGAGACGAAGCUCCAACAUCUGACCUUGCGGACUUUGGGAAAGUUAAUGUUUUGUGGUUGCUGUCAAGAGACUGUUUAUUAAUAGGGCUACUCAGAACUUUUCUGGCGCUCUGUAAGAAACUCAUAUAACAGGGAAACUGUUUAUAGGAUAUCCUAUUUCAAUGUCAUCGCCAAAUUAUUUCAGUCACACACAAUCAACUAUCUAGUGGUUUUACAGUGUAAUUGUCAGUAGCACAAGGUCGCAGGUCUGUUGUGGGUUUCUUUUUCGUUUUUCUUCAGUUAAUGUGUGAAUAUUAAUUGUUUUUGUAUAAAUUUGUGUUUGUGUUUACAUUUUUGUUAAUAUUUAAGUCUGUUUGAUAUUUACAUUUCUUGAGUUUCUUCUAGUGCCCUUUUGUUUUGUUUUUCAAUUCAAAGCGAGUUUGUCUUAAAGUCUCCUGGUGUCAAAGACAAAAACAAAAAAACAGACAAAUCUGAUUGGCUGUGAAGUCAGUCAAUUUCUCUGGUGCUUUUUAUGUCAUCCUUUGGUUCUGGAUCGGUGUUGAAGGAACCGUUUUCCUCUUGAGUCCAUUUUCAUGAUUACAUAUAUUUUGUUGUUAAGUUUGUAAUUAUACAGGCUGUGACCUUUGUACUGCGUGUAAAAAAGAGAAACCUUAAAUGUCAAGCAGUUCUUUAAUUUAUAUGAAUGGACCUGUUAAAUUCAUGCACUUAAAUGAACUACAUGACCUCUGUAAGAUCCUGUAAACUCACCUCAUUUCGUACAUGUAAAAUCAAUUACCCACAAUGCUGUGUGAUCUUAUCGAGCCUCAGGUUGAUGCUGUGAGGACAAAGUUACUAUAAUUCUGAAGUAUUGGAUCAUUAUGGGCAAGAUUAUAGAUUACUGUUGUAGUGUUUAUCCCUUGUCUCUCCCAUGUUCAUGAAAUGUAUUGAUGGAAGUGGCUUGGUAAAGCAGGUAAAAAUCCGUCUCGCCCUUCUCCCCUGUAGUGCGCACUUAUGUGGUGAAGAUGAAAACUGACUGAAUUGGAAAUGAUACUGAGGUGUCACUGCAGCUGUUUUUAUUGGUCUUUUAAUGUGAGGGUGAAGCAGAGUAAAAUGAUUGUCCAUUAAAGGGUUUGAAACUCUUUCUGCACUGUAUAGCACAUGUGUACAAAGCAGAAUUCAAAAUGAGUAAAAAUCCUGUCAUUCUUUUCUCGAACAAAUAAACCUUUUUAUAUAAAAUAAAAAUGAGGUCACUUUAUAUUUCCUUUCGGUUUUAAAAGUAAAUUCGAAGUGCUAGUAUCAAUAAAGAUGUUCUUCAAAAUUAAACCAUGUAAGCAGGAUAUUUUAUCACUUAAAUGAGUUUUUAGACUUAUUGAAGAUGGUUAACUAUUGAACAAAACUGUGAUAACUGCGUUAUCUGAAAGCCUUUGUGAAUUGCUAUAUUUGAGUUUGUUGCACUUCAGGCUUUCUGCUUUUAUUGCCUUAUAAUUACAACUGCAAUAAAACACGAAACUAUACAGCUGAAAAGAUAAUUGUAAUAAAAAGCUUGGUUAGUUGUAAUGGAUUGCCAUUGUAAAUUUAUGUACCACUGAUGUAAAUUUUA